AUGGAGACACCAGGAGACCAGACCUGUAGGAUCCAUGGAACCAGCUGGAGCCCACAUCUCUCCCGUCAGUACAAACCCGGCUCCUGUUGUUCCCAGUUGGAGGACGUUUGCAGAUGUAGGAGUGAAUAUAAACGGCUGGAUCUCAGCGUGGCUCUGGCUCUGGACCUGCAGGGCGUUUUCUGUCACUCCAAAAUCACAAACCAGACUUUCUCCCAUAAGACCUGGGGCUUUGAUGUGGCUCCGCAGAAUCCAUUCAAGGUCUCAGAGUAA